AUGCACAGCGUCUUCAGAGCGGCGUUCGUGUCUGUUGUUCGACGAACGCUUCGAUAUUCAUUUGUUUCCGGGAACUUCAACUGGGCCAUAUCCUCUCACGGCCCUGUGCAUAUCCUAAUCAACAACGCAGGCGUAGCACGCCCCACGGAUAUCAUCGGCGGAGACACACAGGACUUCAAACGUGUGCUGGAAACCAAUCUGCUUGCAUUCGUGAUUGCUGCGCGCGAGGCAUGUCAGAGCAUGAUCGACAAUGGCGUCGAUGGGCACAUCAUCAACAUCAACAGCAUCGUCGGCCAUUACGUGCCGAUCAUUCCGCUGAUCAAUGUUUAUCCAGCAGCGAAACAUGGCGUCACUGCUUUGACAGAAACACUGAGGCAGGAGUUAUUCAGACAGGGGAAGAAGAUUAAGGUUACGAGUGUGAGUCCAGGUUAUGUCAAAACAGAGAUUUUGACAGCCAACGGUUUCAUGAAAGAGGAAGAUGUCGUUAGUAUCGAGGCAGCGUCGCCAUAUUUAAACAGCACUGAUGUUGCAGAUGCUGUUUUGUAUGUUCUGGGCACACCGGAAAACGUCCAGGUUACGGAGUUGACGAUUCGCCCUGUAGGUGAAGCUGUUUAAUUGCUAAGAGUUGUUAUAGUGUACUUAAUUGUAAUUAAUUGUAAUUAACCUAAUUACACAAGUUUAUGGUGUUUUUACUGCGGAAUACUUCAUCGAUUAGUAAUAAUUCAACAAAGUAUCACUUAUGAUCAAUUAUAUUAGUUAUAUACGUGUAAUAAAGCGAUAUUGAUGAAUA